AUGGCAGUUGAAGCUUUAAAUUCUCCGACGACGGCAACCACGCCUUUGUUUAAACAAGAUUCCGGCAAUCAUCUGAGGUAUUUGGACUCAUGGACAAAGGGCAAAAGAUCAAAAAGGCCAAGGGUGGAUCAGCCACCGACUGAGGAGGAGUACCUUGCUUUCUGUCUUAUGUUACUUGCCCGCGGCGGCCGUGGUGGUUCUGGUUCUGGUUCCCGUUCUGCUUAUGUGGCGCCGCCGCAGCGUGCUAACUCACCGGCUCUUAGUAUAAUUGUACCGCAGGAGCCGCAACCUGUUGUUUACAAGUGUAACGUGUGUGAUAAAGCUUUUGGGUCUUACCAGGCGCUAGGUGGACACAAGGCUAGCCACCGGAAAAACAACCCAGCCGCCGCCGGAGCUGAGAUCGAACAGUCUGCUGUAACCACCACCUCCUCCACUAGUGGCACCCACGGUGGUGGAAGUGGAAGGAGUCACGAGUGCUCUAUUUGCCACAGAUCUUUCCCUACCGGACAAGCGUUGGGUGGACACAAGAGGCGCCACUACGAAGGUGUUAUCGGCGGUGGCCGUGCCAGCAGCGGCAUCACCUCAUCGGAAGGAGUCGGCUCCACCAAUAGUCAACGCGGGUUUGACCUGAACCUCCCUGCUCUUCCAGAAUUUCUUCCCGGAUUCGUCGAUGAAGAGGUCGAAAGCCCACACCCCACCAAAAGAUCCCGACUUUUUCCACAGGUCAAACUAGAGAUCGCCACCCACCAAUAA